UUGCUUUAGACAGACUCUCACUGAAUGCCUUCAGGUGCUUCUCAAAACUCUACAAGCUCACAAGAGAGCGGCAGAAGAAUAACAACACCUGUGGAACCAUGACUGGCAGCAAAAGUUGUCUCCUGGCAGUUGUCUGCUCCCUCGUCAUCAUCACCAACCUUAUCGGCAGUGCACAGUCAUGGAGCUGCUGCCUGACAUAUGCAAAACGCCCAUAUUCAUGCAAACGACUCCUGGCCUACAGCAUCCAGACCAUCAACACUGCCUGUGACAUCAAUGCCAUCAUCUUCCACCUGCCAAAUGGAAGGUUUGUGUGUGCUGACCCUUUGGCGAACUGGACUCAGAGGGGGAUGAAGUGUGUGGAUACAAGACGGAAGAAGGAGAUGAAAGUCUUACAGAUGGCAACUUCUGGCAACUCCACCACCGCAUCAUCAUAAACUGUGCAGCGGUGUCAAAGCUGCAGCAUGAAAUAUAAUUUUUUUUAAAUUAUUUUUCUUUUCCUAUAUUUACAAAACAACCCAAGCUAAUGAGAUUUUAUUUUCAUGUGUGUACAUAUAUAUCACACAUGUUUUUAUUAUAUUUAUUCUGUUUUAUAAACAGGCAAACGUAGUAUUUUUAAUACAUAGUGAGAAUCUGUAGCUCUAUUGCUUCAGCACAAACAAAACAAAA